AUGCCUCUUAAGUCAGCCGCCGCUAAAGGAAAAGCCUUUGUCCGAGAUGCACCCUCUAGCCUACUAAUAAGCGAAAAGCAAGCCGCCUUAGCCCGACAAUCUAGUUUCGAGCUAAAGUUCGAAAGACGAGUUAUUAAGACCUUCGAUAAUAAAGAAGACGACUUGAUUUUGCAAUACGACCAAUUCUUGCGAGCCGAAUGCGCAAAAAAAAACAUAAACGCCGAAGACUUUCUUUCGGCUUACGACCAGUUUACUACUAGAAUCACCGCUAUCCACUCUUUACGCAACAAAAACGCCGAAAGACAUAGACGAAUCAAGAGAGCCUUUGACGGCGCUCGAGUCAUCAACCACUAUAUUAUUGCUUACGUUGCCUUUCAAAAGACUAUAGCCAAUAUAGCUCGAGAACGCAAGUUCACCAAGCUCAAUGUUACGACCCUUUUGCUUAAAUCACUUAUUGCGCGCCUUUCGCUAUCACUAGCUUUGUUUCAAGGAUCGACGUCAUCCUUUGCUAAUAAAGCCCCGAACGCUAAACUGGUUGCUUCGAUUAUGUCCACUUUACGCAAGUCCAUCGACGCGAGCUCCUUUGCAGCCUUUGAACUUGAAGUGCAACGCGACCCUUUCGAGAACCAGCUGCUACUAGCACUACUCGUUAAAAAAAGAGACAGCUUCGAGUACGAACUAGCUAAGGCUAUGUCGAACCGCUGUUUAAGACUCGUCGAGAUUAAGGACUUUAUAAUUGCCGCGGAAUUAACUAAGAAAGCUAUCAGCCAGAUCCGCAAGCUUUUAAAAGACGAAUUUUCUAAUAACGCGAUCUUACGACUUUUCGACCGUCGUAGCCAAUUGUUUUCGGCAUUUAAAAAAGGAUUUGCUAUUGUCUUAGAUGCUGAAGCUAAGACUUACGAAGUCAAGUCUUUCUUUAAAAGCAAGAGCCGCCGAGCUGACGACCUUAUAGACGCCGAUAAGUUGAAGGAUUUUAAAAAGAGCUUGCGACCGAUUAAGUUAUCUUUUAACGACUCCGAUUUAAGUGUAGAAAUCACUUUGGAAAGUGCGAAAUCCACUCGUGAACCACGGUUCACGAGCCAAAUCGACGAUCUUGAAGCAUCAUCUUCUCAGCCGGAAUCCUUAGACCGCGCAUUCGAUAAGGUUAUAAAAGCCUUGGCUGAUUUGCUUAAAGACGAGGAUGACCUAACCAGUAGCUCUGGACCUUAUUCUGGCCUCGCUAACUCUCCGUCGGCUAAGUUCACACUUAUCAACGAUGCUACUAACAAGCGCAAAAACGAUACGCGCUCUUUCACCCUUAAGGAUACUGCUGCUGGCACGUCAUCGUCUAAUGCUGGCCUUGCUAAAAGAAGAAGACCCUCCCAACCUAAAGAGAACGAAGGAGUUGAGGACGUAAACACGGAAAGAGAUUAUAAAGAAGCUGCCGAAGCGUAG